AUGCAAUUUUUCUUUGGACAUUUCUUUAUUUACGUGGUGCACGUGGCUUUCUAUUUGGAAAAUUUUGGUGCCUCCGCCCGCACAACUACUAUCUCGGAUUCAGAUCCGAGCUCAUCGCAAAUCCAGUUUAAUGGCCAAUAUCCACCUACUAACCCAUCAUGUAAACCUCUUCCAAUGACGAAAAACACUUGGAAUCAGCUGAAGUUAAAUGACCACCUCAAGAAGUUCCCCGGUGGUGAUAAAAUGAGUUUGAUACAAUAUGCGACCAAACUCAACAUGACCAACUUUGUUUGUGGUGUCGGAGGGGCUUGUAAUGCCGGACAGCCUUGUUAUCCGCUCGAAACACCUGAUUGGUACAUCUUAUUUGCAGUUCAACAGUGGAAUUCUUACAUGAAUGUCUACUACGAAGCAGUCAGCUAUGGAAUUGCAAUUGUCCAAUCAAGUAUGAAUGCAUUGAUAGCUUCACUCUUUCCGGCAAGUGACACCUCAGCCAUUCGGAACAUCAAGGCAAACCUUGGAGUUCAGGCAGCAUUUUCGCAAGUGACUGGAACAAUCAUGAUUGAUUUCAUGCUUGCUAUUGGUUCAUCAUCUGGGCCUUGGUUUGCUUUAUUUGAUUUCCUGAAUUUUAUCAUGGUUGCUGGACAAGGAGUCGCCGCAUUUGCAAUAAAAGAGCCACCAGCACCCCUGCAAGAUGGGUUCUUCCAGUGGUCAAAUACAGCAUAUUAUCUUUCAAAAUAUGAGGAAGUUAUUCACAAGCAAAUAGCAGAAGAGGGCAAAAAAAGAAUUGCCGCCGGAAUCAGCACUGAUCAAGGUAUAUAUGGGGUUGUCAAGGAUGGAAAUUUCAUAGAACCAGCAAAUUUUGCAUCACUCCCUGAACUUCAAGAAAGGAUUCGUCUUCUGGCUUCAGCAUUGGGUUUGAACAUGUUGCUACAUUCAAUUAAUGCAUUCAUAACUGUUGGCUCAGAUCCCUGCAAUGACAAAGGAAAAAAUGGUGCAUGGCCCGAAGGAACACGCCUUUCAUGGUGUGACAAACCCGAUGGAACGAUGCACAAUAUUGUGAUUGCAAAAGAUGGCAAGACACAUAAUGAUAUCAACAGUGCUAGUCUCAUAAACUCAUAUUUUGGAAUUAGUACUGAAUUGAUUAUUAAUUCAUCAAUCAAAUGCCAAAAUAUGAACAAAGGUUGGAACUAUGUUCCAUGGGCAAAAGACAAGGGAGCAUUGCCUAAAGGACCAGACUCAGACUGUGUCUUUAAUCUCCCUGUUUGCUACACUCAGGAUAAAAAUGUGCAUAAAAAGAUCCACAAGAAAAAGUGGACAACAGCCCGAGCUUGUAAGCAUGCUGGCCUUCCCCUGGAGUAG